GUCUCGCUCUAUAAUUCCGAGCAACAGUAACGGAUAAACACAUAUCCAGAAAGUUUAUUGAUUAUUCACGAAACUACUCCAAUAUCUUUCGAGAACAUGAUAUCAAAAUGGUUUAAAUAUCUCAAAAUCAUUUUUAGGGGUAUAUUAUUGCGCGUUUUAACAGGUUUUGGCAAGUUGCCGCGCAGAAUAUAUUAAACUUCCUAUCUUGCACAGAACCUCUCUUAAAGCUAAUUUACGAGUUGGAGACUUUGGCGUAAACACAGCGAUGGGUGACAAUGUUUGAUUUAAACAACGUUAACUUUGCCUCCAUUUUUGUUUACGACCUGGCAUUUCAGAACAAACGAACCGAAUUUACAUCUAAAUGAUGAAAACAUGGGAGGAGGUCAAAGUGUAUCAAAACAGGAAGUCCCACCAGUUUCACAGGCUGAACAUCAAACUUUUCAGACAGUGCUAGAAGAUUUGCUUCGUAAACAGAUUGGAAAAAGAGUUAUUCUAAAAGUUGAUCGGUCGCAUCUUCUCCAGGGUGCAUUUUCACAUUUCAAAGUCAAAGGGAGCGAACUAAGUCCUCUGGAUGUCAAGUUAUAUACAGAAAGCAACGAAGAACCCUAUACAAACUUAGGAGGUCCAAACAGGGAAUUUUUCACUCUAAUUCUUGAAGAAUUUAAAUCUCCCCAAUUGGACAUGUUUGAGGGUCCUGGAAGCUACCUUUUACCAGUAAACAACAGAAAAGCGCUAAAUGGAGACAUGUUUUAUUUAUUUGGGAAAAUUUCGGUUCUUUCGAUAAUUUCUGAAGGUCCGGGUUUUCCAUAUUUUCCUCCGUUUUUGGUGAGCUAUUUGAGGGAUAGAGAAUUUGAACACGAACUAAGUAGUUUGUACAUAGUGAAUACAUACCUGACUGAUUAUAUUAACCAGAUAUGUAAUGCAACUAGCCAAGAAGACCUGGACAGAGUCAUUAGCGAAGAUGAAGAACGAUUCAUGGAAAACUGCGGUUGGGCGCGAACUGAUAUGGUUACACUAAGCAAGCGUAUGAUGUACGUUCAAACUCUGAUUCGAUGGGAGCUGUUCGACAAAAGAAGAGACGUGUACGACCAACUGAAGAAAGGUUUAAAUGUGUUGAAUUUUCUUGAUCGUACAAAAGAUCUGCAGGACUUCGAACAUUUGUACAUGUGUCGAAGCAAGCAUAAAACAACAGCUGACUAUAUCAAGAAAAAGUUAUUACCGGAAGUAAAAAGAUUACAGCCACAAGACAAGGAAGAAGAAGACGCAAAGAAGUUUACGUUAAGAUGUCUCAAAGAUUUGGAAGAUGAAGAGGCUGCACAUCUGUUCCAAUUCAUUACGGGUCUUGAUGAUUUACCAGCUCAGGAACUUCCAAUAGGCGUAGAGUUCAACAGGUUUAACCGUGCAGCAGAACUUCCGGAGGCAAUUACUUGUGUGCAAAGACUUAUUCUUCCUCUUGGAAACAAAACGAAACUUCAGCUUUACUCAUCUUUCGACAAGGCCCUUCAAUUUGGUAGAAUAGGAUUUAGCGAAAAAACAAGUGCGAGCAAAUAGACAUACAAAUAUAUUUCAAGGGGUGUUGAGAGCAAUGCAUGUAUACGA